ACUAAUAUAAUUUAAUACACCAAACAAUGAUACACUUUUUUUUUCAUAGCAUUCAGCAUUAAAUCUGAGAAAUAUACAAUGAAAAAUAAAGUAAACUACAACUUCUGGGAUACAUUUUUGCUAAUAUACUGUAUAUUGAACAUAAUAGUUUAACAAUGAAUACAUUUAAAUGAGGUACUGGAGAUAUUCAUACUUUUGUAUUUAAUUGUAUUUCAAUUUAAAUAAUGAAGAUAACACAUACAAUGUUCUGAAGAUUCAUACAUUUUAUUUUCAGAAUACAUUUUGCCUAAAAAAUAACACUUAAUUAUGUUGUCAUCUGCUCUUCGGUUAUUCUAUUCUAUUUUAAAUGACACACACAUAAUUAAUAUUUUAUCGUAGAAUACAGUACACUUAUUUAUAAAUAAUUGAAAACAGUUUUAUCGAUCUCAGAAGUUCCUUCUUGACCUUGUAAAUAAUCAAAGAUCUGAAGAAGACUGGUCUUCAAAAAGACAGUAAGUAGACCUUCAGCUGCGUUCACACGAUUAAAGUGUUUUCAAGUACAUUUACGUGUAAGAGUCAAAUCUGGCAACCCACCUCUCCGCUCUAAAACCUCUCCGGGUAACAACUUGACUUAUUUAUUUUUUAUUUUGGGGGGGAUUAACUGAAAUAAUGUGAAGUAAAUCUCAAAAAUCUACAUCGACAUUAAAAACAUUUGUCAGUUUAUAAAUAAAUACAUCCCGCGACAACAGUUUUUACGUAAAAGACGUGAGAUUUGUCAAAUGGGGGAAAGGUUCCGCUGUUUGUUUCGACCGGACUUCUUUUAGCGACGUACCAAACGUCGAAGCUGCAAACAUCCAACUCAUUUGAACUCUUGCAACGAAUAUUUAUCCAAAACAUGGCGGAACAACCAGUUAGAGUUUUGGCGUGUGGAGACGUCGAAGGCCGGCUCACCGCCCUGUUCACCAGAGUCCAGACCAUCCAGAAGAAGGCCGGCCCAUUUGAUCUGCUGCUGUGUGUCGGGGAGUUCUUCGGGUCGACGCCGGAGGCCGAAGCAGAGUGGCAGCAGUACAAAACUGGAGCCAAGAAAGCUCCCGUCCACACGUACAUCCUCGGAGCGGCGAGCCAGAAGGCGGCGAAGAGUUUCCCGAGUGCCGACGGCUGCGAGCUGGCCGACAACAUCACGUAUCUGGGUCGACGCGGCGUGUUCACGGGCGUGUCGGGGCUGCAGAUCGCCUACGUCAGCGGGCGGGAGGCGCUGCAGGAACCGGCGCCGGCUCACUGCUUCACGUCCAAAGACCUGUCGGCCCUCGUCGCUCCGCUGACCGGCGGCUCCAAGUUCAGAGGGGUCGACGUGCUGCUGACGUCCCAGUGGCCACGCGGGGUGUGGCAGUACGGGAACCCGCCGGAAGUGAACACUAAGUUCUGUGGGAGCGACUCCGUCGCCGACCUCGCCGACCAUCUGAAGCCGCGGUACCACUUUGCCGCACUAGAGGGCGCUCACUAUGAACGACUCCCCUACAGGAAUCAUGUGAUUCUCCAGGAAAACGCUCAGCACGUCAGUCGCUUCAUCGCUCUGGCAGCCGUCGGCAACCCCGCCAAGAAGAAGUAUUUGUACGCCUUCAACAUCGUCCCCAUGAAGACGAUGGAGCCGUCAGAGCUGGUGAAGCAGCCGCAGGACGUGACGGAGAACCCGUACAGGCGCACCGCCAAAGACAAGCCGAAGACGGGCUUUAACGCCACACCAGAGGAGCCGGCCGGCCAGUUCUUCUUCGACCUGAGUCAGAAGCAGGGGGCGGGGUUUCGAGGCCGCGGCAGGAAGAGACACUCGGACGAAGACGGUCGAGGACGAGAGCAGCAGCAGCGUGACGGAGGAGAGGGGCGUCCCGAUGGACAAAACAAACAGCCCCGCCGGCCCCCUCAGCCGACGGGUCCCUGCUGGUUCUGUCUGGCCAGUCCUCAGGUGGAGAAGCACCUCGUCAUCAGCAUUGGGACACAUUGUUACUUGGCCCUGGCCAAAGGCAGCCUGACGCCGCACCACAUGCUGAUCCUCCCCAUCGGACACUACCAGUCGGUGGUGGAGCUGAGCUCCGAGGUGCUGCUGGAGAUGGAGAAGUACAAGUCGGCCCUGAAGAGCUUCUACAAGAGCAAAGGAGAGCGCUGUGUUCUGUUUGAGAGGAACUACCGGAGCCAACACCUGCAGCUGCAGGUCGUCCCGGUGCCGCUGGACCGCUGCACCACGGAGGACAUCAAGGAGGCGUUCAUGGUCCAGGCUCAGGAACAACAGAUGGAGAUGAUGGAGAUUCCUGAACACACCGACCUCAAACAGAUUGCUCCUCCUGGGACACCGUACUUCUACGUGGAGCUGGACUCGGGGGAGAAGCUCUACUAUCGCAUCCAGAAACACUUCCCUCUGCAGUUCGGAAGGGAGGUUCUGGCCAGCGAGGCGCUGCUGAACAUCCCGACUCGAGCUGACUGGAGGGAGUGUAAACAGAGCCGAGAGGAGGAGGAGGCGAGCUGCAAACAGCUGAGAGACGACUUCCAGCCCUACGACUUCGCCUGGGAAGACUAACACACACACACACACACGCACACACACACGCACACACACACACGCGCGCGCUCGCUCUCUACUGAAUCUCCUCCUUUUUAUAUUGUGACUUGUGUCACUUUCUCCCGGUGGAAGAUGGAGAUUGAGAAGAAGGUCGACUCCGCUCUCUUUUCUGUACGGUGGAUGUGCAGCUGCAGCCGGUUAGCUUAGCUUAGCAUAACGACUGCAAGCGGGUGGGAGCGGCUAGCCUGGAUCUGUCCUGCUUACAUUCCUAAUGCUAAGCUAUGCUAACCAGUUGCAGCUUUUUUUUUAACGCCUUAUUAUUAUUUUCUACUCCCCAAGAGUGUUCUGUCUAGUCCCCCCC